GAAAAGGUGGGGGUGGAGUCUGGAAAUCCGUGUCUGAGUGGUACUGAUCCCUCAAAGGCUUGGAGCCGCCAAACAAUCAGAGAUAAACUAACUUAACUCUCCCCAGGAUUUAGCUACACUUUUUUGGUUUUAUUUAUCUGUAAAUGUCAGUCUGUUUGUUUGGGCUGCCCCUGGCACUAUCUGUUGUAUUUUGAUGGUUCUGACACACCCACUGCCUUUUUUUGGCUGACACAGGUGUUCCCAACUUCUCAGCUAUCACUCCCUUCAGCUGGCUAUUGCAACGAGACCAUGUUUCUUGUCAAGAUAUGCAAGUUGCUUAGAUUUGGUGGCAGGGUGCUGCAUACCCAGAUUAGAGGGAGAAAAUAAUCUUCCUAAAACACUUUUAGACAACCCAACAAUGACAACCCAAACUGGGGAGGAAGCCCAUCUUGAAAAGGGGAGAAGGAAGGUGACUUAAAAUCUUAACAUGCAUUAUGGCCAUCUCAUGGCUGUGUUAAGCCCCCAUGAGGUGCUCUCGCAUGUUUGAUUCUGUAUGUAGGGGGCAUUGUUGCUGGUUUAGAGAACUAGGCGGUUUAGGGCCAAUCACUUUCCUGCUCUCUAAUCUCUGUCUUCUGGAAGGAUUUUACCUGCUUUAGAAAACAGUACAACUAAAUAUGUACUAGGUGUAGAAACUAAUGUUGAGGCUUGAGAGCGGUCUCUAAAAUGCUUGCUACAUGGUAUGUAAAGGGUGAUGUCUAACCCAAUCUAGUUAAACUAAUGCAGACCCCUGUGUGGAUGUACUUAUUUCAGUGCAACUUAAACUGACUUCUAAUCACAUUAAGCUAAAUCAAAACAUCCUUGUUUUGAAACCAGGAUAAGAGCCUCUACACAGGGGUUUGUGCCAGUUUAAUUAAAAGUGGGUUUAAAAAAAAAAAACUUGAGUGAAACUGAUGCAAUUGUCCCAUGUAGAAAAGGUUUUAGUAACUUCUUGUUGUAGAGUCUCCAUUCCUAGGAAAGAUGCUGAUUUCUCUUUGGGUGGGGUAUGGGAGCUGCCACUUAACCAAUAUUUCUCCAGCUGAGUUGCAAUUUAAGUCUUAGGAAAUGUAGCUUCUAACUGGAGUGAGUGUGUCAGAGGCUGUCACAGCAGUAUGAUAUUCUCUCUGCCAUCCUUUUCCAGAUAUCCUGUCUUAGCAUCAGUCUGAGUUGGUGGCUGUCUGACUGCUUUCUUCAAGGUGUCUGAACACCUUUUUAUGUAUUACUCUUAAGUUAUUCUCUAAUACUGAGGUUUUUCCUCUUGAAAACCUUCUGCAACCUGGACUUCAUUCUGGAGUCUUUGCUGGAAUCUAGGGAGCUUCAUAGGUCCUCAUCACCAUGGAGUAAGUGGGAGUGAGCUGAUGAGGCCUCCCUGCAACACUGGAUCUACUAUGGCUCCAUUUAACCAGACCAGAUGUGGAGUGAUGCCAUCAAUCAGAACAACAAAACAGCCCUGUUGGCCUGGGUGAAGACGACUGGCAUCCAACUGGUGCAGGUCAAUGGUCAGAGGAAGUAUGGAGGCCCUCCUCCAGGCUGGAUCGGGGAGCCCCCUCUAUCUGGCUCAGAGGUAUUUAUUGGAAAACUCCCUCAGGACAUCUAUGAAAACAAAUUAAUUCCUCUCUUCCAAAGCGUGGGCAAGCUGUAUGAGUUCCGCCUCAUGAUGACCUUCAGCGGGCUCAACCGUGGCUUUGCCUAUGCCAAGUACAGCAAUCGGCGCAGUGCACAAGUAGCUAUUGCGGCUCUGAACAACUUUGAGGUGCAGAAGGGCUGCCCCAUCAUGGUUUGCAGGAGCACUGAGAAGUGUGAGCUAUGUGUGGAUGGCCUGUCGUCCUUGGUGGAGCAGGGCCAGCUGCAGACACUGUUGCAGGAGGUGACAACAGGGGUCCUGAACAUCUCCCUGUAUCGCAGCCCCUCCCGGAAGGGGGGACAGCUUGCAGUGCUGAAAUACAACUCCCACCGAGCCGCAGCCAUGGCCAAGAAAACUCUAGUGGAAGGUAACUUGGGCCUGUAUGGAGAGGAAAUCGAAGUGGAUUGGCUGAAAGUAGACAUGAAGCAGAAACUCCGUGCCAACUCGGAGAGAACCUUCCCGGAAAGCUCGCAGCCUCGUGGCUGCGAGAGGGACAGUCCAAGCCAGGCACCUGGUAAUGCUGUGACGUGCCCCUUGCCACAGGCACUCUGUGUGUUAGACUACCUGAACGCACUGUGCAAGAAGCAGCAGCUGGGAAUCCCUGUGUUUCUAACUAAAUGUGUCCAAGCAAACCCUGACGGCUGGCUGCGGUUCUGGUAUCAGGUGGUGAUUCCAGGUUACCCAUCCCCCUUCAGUGGGUUUAUGUGGAUCAAACCUGAUAAAUCUGGCUUGAGUGGACAUGACAAGGCCAAAAAUGCCAUAGCGCUGCAGCUGCUCAAAACUUUGGGUGAGUCUGUGCACGGCUCUGCAGAGGUCUUGGGGCUGAGGGGAACAGCUCCCAAAAGCCAGGGUAUUAAAAACCCAGUGACUCAGUUACAGGGAUGCUGUUGGACCAAACUCGGCCUGGUAUCUUGACCUUUUUAUGUAGGUUUAGGAAAGAACCAUAGAAAUGUUUGCACAUUCUUUCCAGUGGAAUGCCAGUGGUUGAUAGUCCUCUUCUGCAUGCCCAACCCAGCCAUUGCAACUUAGUCCUUAUGCGUGAGACACUUCCGGUAGAGUUAGAGACCAGGCAUGAACUGCCCUGAGUCUGGCUGAGGGGGAAAUUCAGAAUGAAAGUGAAAUGAGCCAGCGAGAAGGAAGAUGAAACUAAAAUUGUUUCAAGGUUUAAUCUUGGAAACAUCUGUUCGCUUGCAGGAUUUUUCCUGCUGUCCAAGUUAGGGGAUGCCAGUAUCUCCUGUUACCUUUGGGAUUUCGAGGAUGGGGAAGGGGGCAGGAAUCAAAGGAAUGUGAAAUGCCUCCUGCUGGAGGGUAGGUGAAAUACUACCCAGUAGAGUGACUCUGGGUUAUGGGCUUCCUGUGCUAGCACUCCAGUGGCUGGAGUGUAUUGAUGUGAGCUGUAGCUGAAGGAGGAGCUGUGAGCUGCAGGAAAGGCUGGGUAAAUAGUCUAUUUUG